CUUUUUUACAUAAACAAACAUGAGAAGAGCAAAGUCUAUUUAUGAAAAAAAGAAUAAUAACAGAAGAAGGUCUUGGUUCAAUGGCCCAUUUUUUAGUAUGUUCUCUUCUGAACCACCUUCGCCUGAAAGAAGACCGAGUUUAGAACUUAAUAAGCAACGCUCCCAGUCAUUAAAUGAAGAGCGGCCUUCUUUACGACCAAAGAUAUCCCGGAUAUUAUCGAAAGCUACUAGAAGACACCAUAAGAAACCAUCAUUAGAUACACCAAGUGUACAGGAUACUCCUGAACAUCAAGAUACACACGAAGAAAGCGAAGACAAAGACUUGCUGCAAAGACAUUUAUUAAAACCAGAUGAUGAAGAGGCAGAUCGCAUUCAAUUAAAGAAUGACCUGGUCAAAUUGGCUUUUGAAGGUGAAUUUUCUUUGCCAUUUGACUAUCGAGAUUUAGAUUAUGCUAGAAUAUUAGACGUUGGAUGCGGACCAGGCUCAUGGUGCAUUGAUCUUGCUCAAAAAUACCCAAAGAUUGAAGUCAUUGGCGUAGACAAUGAUGACAUGUUUCCUUUAGCCCACGUUUUACCACCAAACUGUCAAUUAAUCGUCUGUAACGUACUCAAUGGACUGCGAGAGUUCCCUGAUGCAAGCUUUGAUGUUAUUCAUAUCCGAUUCAUGGUGCUCUCGCUCACCACACCUCAAUACAAGAAGGUAGUAAACGACUGCUGGCGGCUUUUGAAACCUGGAGGAUACAUUGAAAUACUCGAAACAGACUUGAUCAUCUAUUCUGCAGGGCCCUUGACACAAAAGAUGAACCACGAGAUGCUGGAACUAGCCAUUAAUCAAGGAUAUGACAUAAGGGAGCAAUCGAGUAUGUUGACCAAGAUCGUUCCCGAUGAAGGAAUAAAUAAGCAAGUAAAAUAUAGAUCGAUACCCAUUGGAGUAUGGGGAGGCAGAAUUGGAGUACUUUGUAGAGAUGACAUGAUCAACAUGUUGACGAAAUUUCAGUCUGCUGUACAAGAACACUGUUACAAAGAAAACAAUACGUUUGAUCAAGACAUUUCGGUGGUCAUUAGAGAAAUGGACCAAUAUAAAAGCUUCAGCAAUUAUUAUUUCUACAGCGCUCAAAAACCAAUUCUUACACCAAAUACUAGCACAAGCAAUAUUAGUAGUAUUAAUUAUAAUGCUAACCAUAGUAUCAGUGGUAACAGUAGUAGUAGCUAUAGUAAUAGUGAUCAUAAUAGCCAUAAUCAUAGUAGUAAUCAUAGUAAUAAUAAUAAUAAUGAAAAAAAGCCAAACAGCCUAGCGCCUGUUAUUAUAAACCCAAAAUCACUUUAAUUGUACAACAACAGCGAUAAUGAUAACAACAGCAAUAAUACUACUAAUAAUAAUAAUAGUAAUAGUAA